CCACAGACACGCUGCUCUUGACUUUUGGCUCCAGCAGCUUGCCGUCGAACCAGUCUCCGCCUUCGCAGAUAAAAAGCGGCUGCGCACGCUUCAUAGCUCUUCUCCCACGUCAACCAGUGCAACUACUGCUUACCACGCAGCCGAGCCUCAUUGUCAAGAAUCAUGGCUGAGCUGAAGGAGCGCACCUUCCUUGCCAUCAAGCCCGAUGGUGUGCAGAGGGGAAUCAUUGGAGAGAUCAUCAAAAGGUUCGAGAUGAAAGGAUUCAAACUUGUGGGCAUGAAGAUGCUCCAUGCCUCCGAGGACCUCCUGAUGCAGCACUACAUCGACCUGAAGGACAGACCAUUCUUUCCUACCCUCAUUGACUACAUGAGCUCUGGUCCAGUGGUUGCCAUGGUGUGGGAAGGCAAGGGUGUGGUGAAGACCGGCAGGGUGAUGCUGGGUGAGACCAACCCAGCCGAGUCCAAGCCCGGAACCAUCAGAGGAGAUUUCUGCAUUGACGUCAGCAAGAACAUCAUCCAUGGCAGUGACUCAGUGGAAAGUGCCAACAAGGAGAUUUCCCUGUGGUUCAAAGCAGAAGAGCUGGUCAGCUACACUAGCUGUGCCUUCAGCUGGCUCUACUAAUCCACUCUGGGUCCUGCUGCAGUCCUCACACUGGUUGGAGACCGGUGACACUCUUGCCUCAGAAUUUCCUGUUUUGCCUGUAGCCUGGGGAGGAGAAGAACUCAUGAAAUUCUUAAUGUCAGCCCACUGUCAUCACAUUCCCUCCUGCCCUCUACUCAUCAUCAUACUGUACAUGGAUUUGGAGGUCAAGUCCAGAUUCAUUCCUGAGCUCCAUUCCUUUAGAAACAUUCCAUUCAUCACAUAUGUACAGGUAAUGACUGUGUGAGUGACAGUUUUGUUAAACCGUGAUCUGCUUUCCAAUAAAAUUCACAAUACCAA